AUGACGACAAUUGCGAACGCUAUCAGGAUUCUACUGCAUUGGGCGAGUCAAUCAAGAACCAUUCCCGUGGAGCAUUUCAAGUACUUCAAGCGCGCGACUUCAUCUCUGAGCUCUCCCACCAGCCGGACGGCCACAUUGCUGCUCUCUGCUUUCAAGAGUCGAUACCCAGAGAGCGAACCAUCUUUCGGAUACGACGCCCUAUACCAGAUCAUACGACGUAAGGAUCUGCGGCUAUUCAGGCUUCUUGCAGCCGAAAUCAACAUCACUGGGCCUGUUGAGAAAGACCGCGGACCAAGACCUUUCCCCGAUCGACGAGCCCCAUCUAAUUGUAUAUUCACGAGUCCACUCGGUGAAGCAAUACGUCUCCACGCUGAAAGCAACGGUGCUGAUGGUGGUACACUUGACUACCUUUUAACCCUAGUCAAGAACUACAAUACUGUCGUUUAUCGAGACUUAGAGCGCGGCGAUAUGACAGUCUUACUCUACGCAAUCUCGCUUGAUUCGCUGAAGACAGUGAAGAAGCUAUACAAAGCAUGCACACAGGAAUCUCGGCCGAUCCCACGGAGCAUCAAUCGGACGCCAUUGCAAGCAGCAGCACAGGCCGGAAGCAGAGACACAGUAGAAUAUCUCCUCAGCCAAGGCGCCAACGCGAACGAACCUCCAUCCAUCCGCGCAGGAGCAACGGCCCUCCAGCUAGCGGCAAUCACGGGUAACAUCGCCAUUGCAAAACUCUUGCUCGAGGCGGGCGCCGAAAUUAACGCGCCACCAGCCUUUGGCGAUGGCAGAACCGCGUUCGAAGGCGCCACGGAGCACGGACGUAUCGCGAUGAUGAUCUUUCUCGUCGAUGAAGGCGCCGAUCUCCUUGCCAAUGGCAACGUACAAUAUCGACGCGCUGUUGUACUUGCAGAAGACAACCGCCAAUAUGCUGCGAAAGAUCUCGCAGAUAAGCUAUUUGCAAGAGCUCUAGCGAGCCAACAAGCGGGCUUCCUUGGUAUGGGUGAGCCGUGGGCUGGGGCUGAGAUGCCAGACUUUGGGACUCUGUUCCCAUGA